AUGUGUGCAAGAGCCGAAAACAAGGAAGAACAACCAAUUGCACACACGUGUUUUAAAAACUGGUCUGGUCCAUCAACAGGCAUGGAAUCUAACAUCAUAGUUGAAGGUUUCAAACAGAGCAUCGAGAUGCAUGGUGUUAAAUAUUUAUAUCUUGUUGGUGAUGGUGAUAGUAGCGUGACAAAAAAACUGGCCGAUGCACGUCCUCAUGAUACACCAGUAUCAAAAAUCGAAUGCCGCAAUCACUUGUUGCGAAAUUAUUGUACACGGUUGCGCGCACUAACCCAGAAGAAAACAAGUUCCAAAAAUCUGCCUGUCAGUGUUAAACAAAGGAAUAUUUUGAUGAACAGUAUAAAACGUUUACGCAGUGGGAUUAUUGGAGCGAUCAAUUAUAUUACCACUGAAAAAAGCGAAGAGUGCCAUGCUGAGAAAGUCCGAUUAUUGAAAAAAGACAUUUACAACGGACCCUACCACGUUUUUGGAAACCAGGAAAAAUGUGAAACAUAUUUCUGUUCUAAAAUGACAAACAUUGACCAAGAUGAACAGAAAAAAGGAUAUGAUUGGGUAACUGAAAUGAAAGCUUCCGGACUGUUCCAGGAUAUUUUGUAUGUCGCAGAACGUGUUACGCGAAAUGCCGAAAGUUUGAUUUUAAAUAUGGACAACAAUGCUGUAGAAUGUUAUAAUUCUGUUGUAGCAAAGUUUGUUGGCGGGAAAAGAAUCAAUUAUACGGCGCGACGCUCCUAUGCAACAAGAUGUGAAGCGGCUGCCAUAUCCUACAACGUACCUGCUGGCGAAUUUCCGCGCUAUAUCCAUAAAAAAGUGACCCAUGCGAGCCCUGGAAAGUAUAUCAAAAAGAGCAUUGCAAGACGUGCACAAAACAUUGCAUGGAAAAAAAGUAGGCGAACAUUGUUUUCUGGCACAAUAAAACAAAAGAGGAAAGCAAUAACAGAGGCUGAUGAAGAUUAUGGAUUACCGUCAUCAGAUAUGCAUGAAGAAGAAUACAAAUCAAGAGUUAAAGAAUUCCUCAAUAACAUUCAUCUGAGCAAAGAAGAAUAUGAGAUUUUACACAACACAAUCGGCCAAGCAGACUGUUUAUUGUGGAAAGAAGAGAGAUCUAAGAGACUAACAGCUUCUGUUUUCGGACAAAUUUGCAAACAACGUGCAAAUACCCACUGCGCAGCUCUUGUUAAAACAAUUAUGUACAAUCCAUUUCACGGCAAUAUAGCCACAAACUGGGGCAAAGAACAUGAAAAAAUUGCAAUUCGUUUGUAUGAAGAAAUUCACAACGUCGCUGAAGCAGAAUACGGUUUAUUCGUUGAUGCUGAAAAGCCCUAUUUGGCAGCUACAUCUGAUGGUCUAAUAGGAGAUAACGGCAUUGAGGUGAAGUGUCCUUAUUUAGCAGCUAAAACGACACCUAUAGACGCUAUCCAAAAACAAAUUAUUAAAUUUGCAGAACUUCGAGAAGGACGUAUGUUUUUAAAACGUAGCAGCAAUUACUUUUAUCAAGUACAAGGGCAGCUCCAUACAACACAACGUCGUUAUUGUAUUUUUAUUGUUUGGACACCUAUUGGAAUUGAGUCUGAAAUUGUAAGUUCAUCCAGUAAGUAUAUUAUAACUAAUACUUACCAUAAUUGUUUUUUUUUAGAUAUUUCGAGAUGACAACUUCUGGGACCAAAAAAUGUGUAAGCAUCUAGAGGAGUUUCAUUUCAAAUGUUUGUUACCAGAAAUCAUCAAUCCGCAACAUAUUAACAAAAGGCGUAUUAAGGAUCUUAGAAGAUGAGAAAAUAUUUAAGUAUUUGUUCUGUUAUAAAUCUAUUGAUACGUUAUGAAAUUUAUUUUUUCUGUAUCUGAUAUUGUUCACGUAAUUGCGUAUGUUAAACAAUAUUUUUUCCGACCAUGCAAUUUACAGUGUAGCAGACUCCGCCCCGAUAAUAAACACUUAUACCGAUACUAAUGAAAAUUGGGCUCAACGCCUGUGACUAGGCAACCUUCUCUACAUAAAGAUCCGUUCGUAGGGGUUAAAUUGUGCCCUCAUUGUUCAAUAUUUUAUGUUUUUCAGUUGAUGACUGCAAAGUUCAAGAUUCAAUUCACUCCGAAGCAGAGUGUUUUUAUGUACAUUCUUUUACAUUUCAGUGAUGUGCGCGCUCAUAUUUGAGACAUACUGUGCGGUGGUUUGUAAAUCUGUUUUUUUGUUUUUUGUUAAUCGGUCUUUGCUUCGGAGUAGAGCCAUUGUUUUGGCUGCAAUAUGCAAGUGUUUUUUUUUUUAAUUUGGUUAAAUACUUUAGCCACAAUAUUACCUCGCGCAUACGGCAUUUUUGGACAGCUAACAUUACACCCCUAAUUAGAGUUUGACGUUCACCAUAAUCUAAUCUUCUAAUCACUUCCAUUUUAGUUUUGAGUGAAAUGCUUUUUCUGGUUGCUUUCUUUUCUUUUUCAUUAUCACCCUUAGUAAAAAACUAAAGAUCAAAAUAUUUGACACUGUAAUAUAGUAUUAAAUAUGUAAAUUAAUACCUACUUACAAUAAUUUCAACAAAUGUUUCGAAUAAUAAAAAUAUGUCUGUACUAUACGGCACCAAACAAGAAAUACAAAUACACUCUUUCGGAUAUGUAUUUGAAACAGAGUUAAGCGGGGUCUUACUGUAUUAUACAUCAGGGAGCUUUAUGUGGAAAAUCAGUCAAGCAAAAUCAAGUUUUUCAAACCGUGAGUAAGAUUAUAAAUAAGAUUAGACGUGGAAAUUGAUCUCUUCUACACAGAAAACUUAGGCAGUUUUAGUGGAAACAGAGGCUGAGUAUGGAGACUUGCUAAUGUACAACCAUGUAAGGUGGCUGAGUGCAGGAAAGUGCAUGGAACGGUUUUUUGCCAUAAGGAAAGAAAUUCCUGCAUUCCUCAAUGAAUACGUUUCAUCGGACACAACUGAACUGGAAAGAAAGCUUAAGGAUCCAGAAUUCUUAAGACAGUUAGCUUUUUUAACAGAUCUGACUAAUCAUCUUAACAGUUUAAACUUGAGUCUUCAAGGAAGAAACCAGACAGUUUCAGAUUUAAUCGGAAAAAUAAACGGAUUUCGGAAUAAGCUGAGCGUGUUUAAACAUGCUUUGGAAAAAAACAAGCUGACAUACUUCCCUAGCUGUCUGCAACUAGCAGAGGAAUUCAAUAGUGAGGAAAAUAUUGAGUUUUCAUGCUGCAGUUCAUAAAUUCAACAAGUUAUUGAUGAAUUCAAUACAAGAUUUGAAGAAAUCGAAAGUCUCAAAAGCAGUUUAUUGCUUUAUAAUAAUCCUCUUGGAGCAAUCAUUGAAGAUCAACCACCCGACUUACAAAUUGAGUUAUGUAACCUUCAAGCUGACAUGUUCCUAAUCACCAGACAAGAAAGGAGACGUCAUCUCAUGAGACUGUCUACAACUGGAGGUGGACAUUUCCUCAUUGGUGGACGAAGUCUUCAUUCUUCACAUUAGAUAUAACUUUUUAUUAUUAUUGCAAUGUUUCUAUUAGCUCUCAAAAAAAUAUGUAUAAAUUUUCCAUUCAUUUACAAAAACGUACUCAAUGAGCAAUAAAAGAAAUAAUACUCUUUUUUUGUUUUAAUUAUUUUUAUACUUUACAUUAUUUUGCUAUUACUUUAACAAAAUUAUUAUAUGGCCCAUAACCACAUCAAAGGUUUUAGUUUUGGCCCUUGGAGCCUUGCAAGUUGGACACCCUGGGUCUAGCAGAUGCACGAACGUUUUAUAUGCACAAUAUGGAAAUAUAUGCCAGAAAACAACUAGAGGGACAACACAAGUUGUCAAACGUUGCUUCCAACGUAGUGAAAUGUUUGAUAUAUACUAUUAAUAAGACUGGACGAAACGUUACAAUGGAUAAUUACUUCACCCCAGUUACCCUUGCUAACGAUUUACUUCUAAAUCACAGCCUGACUGCAAAAGAAUAAGCGGGAGAUCCCAUCCGAGUUUGUUCAGGUAAAUAAAUCGUCCAUUAUGCAGUACUAUGUUUGCUUACGGGAAAAAUUACAAUCACUGUAUUCUUGCGUCGUAUAUUCCAAAAAGUAAUAAAAACAUUCUGAUGCUAUCUACUCUCCAUGAUGAUAAUUCAAUAGAUCCGUCCACCACACAAGCAAACAAGCCAGAAAUUAUAACAUUUUAUAAUUCCAUGAAAGGUGGGGUAGAUGUUGUAGAUUGAUUAAAUUCAAAAUAUUUCGUAGCAGAAUUAGUAAUUGUUGGCCACUAAUAGUUUUUUUACUCUAUUAAAUAUUGCUACAAUAAAUUCCCAAAUAUUUCAGAAACAUAACAUGGGUGAGAUAGAAGCAGGGAGACUUUUUAUUUCAGAUCUCUCAAAACAGUUGGCAUUACCUCAUCUAAUCAGGCGCUCUUCUAUUCCAAACUUGUCUAUUCCUCUUUGACAAAAAAUAUCUAACAUUAUUGGCAAAAGACCAACGCAGACUGUAGCUCCGUUACAAGAUCAGCAGAAUCAACAAAAAGUAAAAUGUAGAUAUUGCCCCAUAAGAAGGAACAACAUCAGUGUGAAACUUGUGUCUCUCCAGUAUGCAAAGAACACAGUCAAACAAUUACUUAUAUUUGCAUUGAAUUGUGGUAAUAAUUCUACUGAAGAAUCUUUGUAGUUUAUAUUUUUUUAAACCUAUAUUUUUAAGCUGUUCUUAAAAAUAGGUAUUAGUAUAUUUCCUAUUCUGUGAAGAAACUUUCUUAAUCCAUUUUUUAACUUUAUUUUGCUAACUAUUUUUUUUUAAAUUUGUAAUAAUAUUCAUAAAUAAACUUAUUAAAAAUAUAUUUUUUUUACAUUAAUGACAAACUCUAAUUCUUAGAUAAAAUCUAACAGGCGACCUAUCGGAUUAUGAAAAUAGUAGCGACCGUUCCCGGGUUAAAUAGAAUAGCUGUUUCCAUAAAUUUGCUAUUUCAUUGCCACAAUAUGGUUUUAAAAAGUAUCAUCGACAAUAAAUAACACAACUGUUAUCAGUGUUAACAUCAACAAUAUACCACUUAUAAAUACAUUGUUUCAAUGCAUUCUAUAAAUAUGUUUACAUAGCAGUGCAUGACUGACACAAAAUUUUAAUUUAAAAGUAUUAUUUUUUGGUAUUCAUUUUCUUUGUAUGUUCAUAAAUCAGUGCAAAAAUAUGUAAAUAAAUUUAGUCAUAUCAUAUAACCACUACUUUGAAAACAUACCAAUUGUUUAACAUAAUGCACUGAAAAUAAAUGUUUAAUAUACACAAAAAUAUUUGAAGGUAUAGAUAAAAAAUAUUUAGUGCGGAACUCACCCUUCAAAUGUUAUUAAAUUAUCUACAUCAAUGUCUCUACUUGUUCCACUUGUUUUCUUGAUAUCAGAGUAACUUCUAGUUUCUUCACAUGUACUAAUUAUAUCAAUAUUACUAUAAAAUGUAGACUUUGAUGUUUUUUUGUUUGUUUUUUUAACUUCACUAUGUGUCACAAUACAAUUUUUACUUUUAAUGUACUCUAACACGGGGUCUUCACCUAUUUUCAUACUAAGUUUGGUCUUCAAAAUAAUGUACUGAGAACGCCAGUAUUCAUAUGAAGCCCUUUUAAGUGCUAUGACCCAUGUAGCAACAUCUUUUUCACAUCUACAUGAAAAUAUAUGUUUUGCUUCGUCAUCACGAUGUUUGUCGUUGACUUUGAAUGUAAUUGAGAAAGCAAAUGGUAUUCCUCUAUGAGGUUUUUCAUAAGACACUUGGGCAUUUUCCAAUAUUAAAAUACCGAUCGGUUCUUCUUCGGCAACUCUGUAAUAAAAUAAAAUGUUUAGUAUCAACUUAAAAUAUCGUUCUUUGAAUGAGGGGCGUUGAUACCAAUCCGACCAGUCAUUUCCUAUAGGCUUCAUAUGAUGCAUAACUCCUUCUAAAUCUGCAUUAUUUUCACCAAGUGAAAUAAGCUCCCUAUCAUUGUACUUCAUUUUUUAUUAUAACUGCAGGUGCUCUGUAAGGCAGUUAUUAUUUACUACAUUGAAUAAUUAUAAACCUCAAUCUAUUUUUGCUGCAAAUAACCAACAACCACAUAAAAUACUUUUCGGAAAAUAUAAUCGGGUUAAUUCGAUCGUGAUCUGAAUGUUCGGAAAGUAACUUGGAUCACGUCACUGUUCGGAAUCCAGUUAGAACCAUAUGACAGAAUCCGUUCUAAAUAAAUUAUAAAAAUCAUAUAUGUAAUACUUCUAUAUGGACAGUUGGUAUGGGAAAAAACGUCCAUAUAGGAGUAUUACAUAUAUGAUAUAAAUGAGUAACUGUGAUUGUUUAUGUGUUAUACACAGAACAUAACAAAGAUAGAGUAUGUUCUGUAGUGUUAUCUUUUACUCUGCAGAAGAGUAAUUCCUAUAUCAGGGCCAAACAUAAUAAAUGCCUUCCUUCACAAUAAAAAAAAACCAACGAACCUCUCUAUCCUUUGUUUAUGUGUUGAGUUGAGAAGAUUGUGCAUCAGAAUUCCACUUCUUCAUCUGAAGAUGAAGAGGAAUCUCAUAUAAUUACAAAAAUUGAAAAUCUUGUAGAACAGUCCAAUAACACAAGAAACGUUCAACGAGCUUAUUGGUAUGUGCUUAUUAACCUCUUACAUUUGGAAAUGAAAAAUUCUAACAUUCUCCUAAUUUUGAUGGUCAUUAUAAAAAAUGUGGUGAAACAAACUUGUUUUUGCCUCUAGAGAAAUAUAGGAUCAUUUGCAAAGAGGCUUAAAUAAAAUGAAAAUUUACUAUACUAAACUAAUAACACUUUAUUUAACCCUAGCUUGAUUAUGUUUGGAAAUACUAGCACAAUUCAUAAGCUUUAAUCUGACAGAUUACUCCAGGUAUUUAUUAUAAAAUAAAUGAAAUUAUGUCAUAUUUCCAUGAAUUUUUUAUUUACACAGCAAGAUACAAUUAAAGUAAUGUGAAACAAAUAAACAUAAUAUUUUUAAAUACAAUUUGUACAUACUUUUGCCUGAUGUUCCAGGCACAUGUAUUUUUUACAUGCUUAACACUGAAACUGUCAUUCUGCGUUUUUUAAGCACAAAAAGCGCAGGUUUUCCGUUUUUGACUGUCUUGGACUUCUUCCCCUAAAAUAUCUUCAAUUUUCCUCUUCAGGUUGCAUUGCAAAGUUGGGAUGCUUAGUCCCUGACGAAGCCAAGGUGUCAUUAGAUUCUCACAAAUGGCACUACAAUAAAAUUAUAACCGAAUUAAUUCCAUAUUACAUUAACAAAGGCAUAUAUACCUACCUAUAGAUACCUUGUAGCUUUUGUCUUUCAUACUAGCAAAUACUUCCCCUCUGCAAAUCAGAGUCAAAAUCCAUUUUCUUCACAUGACUGGACUCUAAGGCGUUUUCACCCCUUUUUAUAAUUUAUAUUUUUAAAGCACUGAUGCUGGAAAGUUUUAAGGACAUGUUUAAAAGCCAUUAUUUUCUUAACAACAAAAGGAUCUGCAAAAAAAACAAACAAAAAGGUACUGCAAAAAUAAUAUAGACAUAACCUCAACAAGUUUUAAAGCAGAAUUAAUAUGUUAAAUUAACUCACCUGGUUAAAAACUAAUAAAAACCUAAAUCGUCUACAACCACAUGCUAUUCCUGAAGCAAAGGAAAUAGGGGACCCGAAAAGAAGAAAAUUAGAUUCUUCUAUCCAGAUAAAAAGUACUGGUUUAUAUGGACUUGAUUGUGAGCCCAGGCCAUCGACAUCAACAGCAGAUCCAGUUAUGGAAACUAGAAGAAUAUCUAAGUUAUAAUACCCCAAGAAAGGGGUUAAUUGUCACGCAAACAAAUGUUAACACAAUUUAAGUGUUCGUUAAAAAAAUUACUACCACCAGCAUCUGCUAAGUUUGUGAAAAUGCAGGCAAAUCUUCAUAUGAGAAUGCCAAAAGGUAGACGUUAUUCUGCAGAGAAUGACAUAAAACAUGCCUAUGAAUGCUGGUUUAAAUGAAAAGUUAUUCAAGAGUAUAAAACCCAAAAUUGAGGCAUUGAAUGAAUUAGACAGAUACUGUAUUUUUUGCAUUGAUGAAAUGUUUUUGAAGUCAAACCUUUUCUUCCAUAUUUCUAAAGAUGAAAUUAUUGGGUUAGAAGAUUAUGGAUUAUGAAAACAAAUAUUGGUUUCUGAUCUGGGAAGAAAUUUUAUACAAAUGGCACAUCUAUUAGGUGUGAUGGAGAGAUAUCCUUUCUUUAAGGUAAAGGAGAUUAAAUUUUGGUAUGUUUUUGACCCACCACAUCUAAUAAAAGCUGUAAGAAACAACUUAAUGGCACAUACAUUUACAUUCAAGGAGAAAACAGCCUCGUGGAAAUAUAUUGAAGAUUUCUUCAAUGCAGAUAGAAAAUUACAUUUCAGACUAGCCCCAAAAUUAACCAAUUCACACAUUUGGCCAAGCAAUUUUGACAAAAUGAAGGUCAAAUUAGCUACACAAGUGUUGAGUGCUGCAGUAGCAGCAGGUCUAAAUAUAUCAGUGAGCCUGGGUGCACUACUGUCAGAAACAAUGGGUACUGCAUAUAUUAUUGAAAAGUUUGAUAAAUUGUUUGAUGUGUUUAACACCUCAUCAAUAAAUACAUACAAACCUUUAAAUUCAACAUUCGUGGGCAAUAGAAAGCAAAUAGAGUUUCUAAACGAAAUGAUGAUGCUGAAAGGAAUCAGAGUAAUUGAAAAUGGUUGAGAUAUCACAAUACUAUUUGACUAAAUUAUAUAUUUUCAUAUCCAGAA